AUGGAGGAGGAUGGAGGGGAUAGUGAUGGAGGAGGGGAUAGUGAUGGAGGAGGGGAAAGUGUAAAGGAGGAUGGAGGGGAUAGUGAUGGAGGAGGGGAUAGUGAUGGAGGAGGGGAAAGUGUAAAGGAGGAUGGAGGGGAUAGUGGCUGGCUGGCUGGCUGGCUGGCUGGCUGGCUGGCUGGCUGGCUGGCCGACUGUUCUGAGGCUGAACCAGCUCCCUGCCUGGGAGUGUGUUUCUGAAUCUAUCUGAAAGGUCACUGGGAGUGUAUGUGUUCCUUCAUGUUAACCAUCUGAAAGGCUGUUAUGAACUGAUGACAAACAGGUUAUGAUGGCCUACUCCACUGUGUUAUGAUGGCCUACUCCACUGUGUUAUGAUGGCCUACUCUACUGUGUUAUGAUGGCCUACUCCACUGUGUUAUGAUGGCCUACUCUACUGUGUUAUGAUGGCCUACUCCACUGUGUUAUGAUGGCCUACUCCACUGUGUUAUGAUGGCCUACUCCACUGUGUUAUGAUGGCCUACUCCACUGUGUUAUGAUGGCCUACUCCACUGUGUUAUGAUGGCCUACUCCACUGUGUUAUGAUGGCCUACUCCACUGUGUUAUGAUGGCCUACUCCACUGUGUUAUGAUGGCCUACUCCACUGUGUUAUGAUGGCCUACUCCACUGUGUUAGGUUGGUAUAUGAGGCCUACUGUUUUAACUGUUAUGAUGGUUCAGGGCCUUGAAAAAACAUUUGCCCCCUUUCUGAUUUUCUCUGUUUUUGCAUAUUUUUGAUACUGAAUGUUAUGUUGAUAAUUCUCUUCCAUUGGUUUACAUGAGACACUGUAAAACGCUGGCAAAGAUUUUUAGCUCCAUGUCAACGGACUCAAAAUGGCUAACGUUACUUAUUUAGCCAGUGAACCAGCCAUAACAUAGCGAUCCUAUUUAGCCAGUGAACCAGCCAUAACAUAGCGAUCCUAUUUAGCCAGUGAACCAGCCAUAACAUAGCGAUCCUAUUUAGCCAGUGAACCAGCCAUAACAUGGCGAUCCUAUUUAGCCAGUGAACCUGCCAUAACAUGGCGAUCCUAUUUAGCCAGUGAACCUGCCAUAACAUGGCGAUCCUAUUUAGCCAGUGAACCAGCCAUAACAUGGCGAUCCUAUUUAGCCAGUGAACCAGCCAUAACAUGGCGAUCCUAUUUAGCCAGUGAACCUGCCAUAACAUGGCGAUCCUAUUUAGCCAGUGAACCUGCCAUAACAUGGCGAUCCUAUUUAGCCAGUGAACCUGCCAUAACAUGGCGAUCCUAUUUAGCCAGUGAACCUGCCAUAACAUGGCGAUCCUAUUUAGCCAGUGAACCAGCCAUAACAUGGCGAUCCUAUUUAGCCAGUGAACCUGCCAUAACAUGGCGAUCCUAUUUAGCCAGUGAACCUGCCAUAACAUGGCGAUCCUAUUUAGCCAGUGAACCAGCCAUAACAUGGCGAUCCUAUUUAGCCAGUGAACCAGCCAUAACAUGGCGAUCCUAUUUAGCCAGUGAACCAGCCAUAACAUGGCGAUCCUAUUUAGCCAGUGAACCAGCCAUAACAUGGCGAUCCUAUUUAGCCAGUGAACCAGCCAUAACAUGGCGAUCCUAUUUAGCCAGUGAACCAGCCAUAACAUGGCGAUCCUAUUUAGCCAGUGAACCAGCCAUAACAUGGCGAUCCUAUUUAGCCAGUGAACCAGCCAUAACAUGGCGAUCCUAUUUAGCCAGUGAACCAGCCAUAACAUGGCGAUCCUAUUUAGCCAGUGAACCAGCCAUAACAUGGCGAUCCUAUUUAGCCAGUGAACCAGCCAUAACAUGGCGAUCCUAUUUAGCCAGUGAACCAGCCAUAACAUGGCGAUCCUAUUUAGCCAGUGAACCAGCCAUAACAUGGCAAUCCUAUUUAGCCAGCGAACCAGCCAUAACAUGGCGAUCCUAUUUAGCCAGCGAACCUGCCAUAACAUGGCGAUCCUAUUUAGCCAGCGAACCUGCCAUAACAUGGCGAUCCUAUUUAGCCAGUGAACCUGCCAUAACAUGGCGAUCCUAUUUAGCCAGUGAACCUGCCAUAACAUGGCGAUCCUAUUUAGCCAGUGAACCUGCCAUAACAUGGCGAUCCUAUUUAGCCAGUGAACCAGCCAUAACAUGGCGAUCCUAUUUAGCCAGUGAACCAGCCAUAACAUGGCGAUCCUAUUUAGCCAGUGAACCAGCCAUAACAUGGCGAUCCUAUUUAGCCAGUGAACCAGCCAUAACAUGGCGAUCCUCUAGAUGCCGUUUGCAUCCCGGAUGGUUGCAGACAUCUUACAUUACGUUGGAGUGCAUAUAGAUGGUUAUUUUACAUUACGUUGGAGUGCAUAUAGAUGGUUAUUUUACAUUACGUUGGAGUGCAUAUAGAUGGUUAUUUUACAUUACGUUGGAGUGCAUAUAGAUGGUUAUUUUACAUUACGUUGGAGUGCAUAUAGAUGUUUAUUUUACAUUACGUUGGAGUGCAUAUAGAUGGUUAUUUUACAUUACGUUGGAGUGCAUAUAGAUGGUUAUUUUACAUUACGUUGGAGUGCAUAUAGAUGGUUAUUUUACAUUACGUUGGAGUGCAUAUAGAUGUUUAUUUUACAUUACGUUGGAGUGCAUAUAGAUGGUUAUUUUACAUUACGUUGGAGUGCAUAUAGAUGGUUAUUUUACAUUACGUUGGAGUGCAUAUAGAUGGUUAUUUUACAUUACGUUGGAGUGCAUAUAGAUGGUUAUUUUACAUUACGUUGGAGUGCAUAUAGAUGGUUAUUUUACAUUACGUUGGAGUGCAUAUAGAUGUUUAUUUUACAUUACGUUGGAGUGCAUAUAGAUGGUUAUUUUACAUUACGUUGGAGUGCAUAUAGAUGGUUAUUUUACAUUACGUUGGAGUGCAUAUAGAUGGUUAUUUUACAUUACGUUGGAGUGCAUAUAGAUGGUUAUUUUACAUUACGUUGGAAUGCAUAUAGAUGGUUAUUUUACAUUACGUUGGAGUGCAUAUAGAUGGUUAUUUUACAUUACGUUGGAGUGCAUAUAGAUGGUUAUUUUACAUUACGUUGGAGUGCAUAUAGAUGUUUAUUUUACAUUACGUUGGAGUGCAUAUAGAUGUUUAUUUUACAUUACGUUGGAGUGCAUAUAGAUGGUUAUUUUACAUUACGUUGGAGUGCAUAUAGAUGGUUAUUUUACAUUACGUUGGAGUGCAUAUAGAUGGUUAUUUUACAUUACGUUGGAGUGCAUAUAGAUGGUUAUUUUACAUUACGUUGGAGUGCAUAUAGAUGGUUAUUUUACAUUACGUUGGAGUGCAUAUAGAUGGUUAUUUUACAUUACGUUGGAGUGCAUAUAGAUGUUUAUUUUACAUUACGUUGGAGUGCAUAUAGAUGGUUAUUUUACAUUACGUUGGAGUGCAUAUAGAUGGUUAUUUUACAUUACGUUGGAGUGCAUAUAGAUGGUUAUUUUACAUUACGUUGGAGUGCAUAUAGAUGGUUAUUUUACAUUACGUUGGAGUGCAUAUAGAUGGUUAUUUUACAUUACGUUGGAGUGCAUAUAGAUGGUUAUUUUACAUUGAACACUGACCAGAUGGGAGGCUUUCAAAGCAUAUAUUAAGGGGCAAAUUAUUUCAAAUCAAGUUUCAAAUCAAUUAAAUCUGAAAAUGAGAGAGAUGGACAUCAAAAAUUGAGAAUUGGAGAGGGAAGCUAUUUUUUGGGUAAACCAGGAAUUAUUUGCUCUUAAAGCUCAGUAUGAAGAACUGUCCACCUCAAAGGCUGCAAAAAGCUUAACGAGGCUGAAAUAGUCCUUCAAUGACCAAGGUGAAAAAUCUGGUAAAUUGCUGGCCUGGCUCAUUUAAGAAGUUACAUUCAGACAGAGCCAUUAAUGCAAUUGUCAAUGAAUCCUGUAGAAAUAAAACAAACAUUUGCUUCCAUAUCUAAUACACAAAGACCAAAAUGGCUUUGUGAAAAACCGUCAAGGUUUGAAGAGUACUACACAUGGUGACGUGUGAACGGUCCCCUGACACCGCCACUCUCACCUGAUGCAGAGAAGGCGUUCGGUAGAGUUGAGUGGUCUUAUUUAUUUUAAGUGCUUUAAGAGAUUUGGGUUUGGCGACUACUUCUGUAAAUGGAUUAAGAUUUUAUAUACCGACCCCACUGCAGAAGUUGCCACUAACAAUUUGAUUUCACAACCUUUUUUAAGCUUUUUCGAAGCACGAGACAAGGAUGUCCGGCCAGUCCAGGACGACUCCUUUUAGCUAUAGAACCCUUUGCCAUUGCAGUAAGGGCCCACCCGUCAAUUAGUGGAAUUAAAACAUCAGAUUUUGAACAUCGAGUGGCCCUGUAUGCCGAUGAUACACUCUUAUUCCUAACAGAUCUAAAGAAUUCUAUCUCUUCCCUCUCCAAUUUAAUGAAUAACUUUGGCCAGUUUUCUGGGUUUAAAGUUAAUAAAACCAAUUCUUCCAUUCUUUUCCUCAACAAGCAAGAGAGACUGAAUCUAGUCAGCAUCCAUUUGUGACACAGUUUCACAUAUCUUGGGAUUAAAAUCACACCAGAAAUUAGCCCCUUGAGUUCAACAAACUAUGAACCCAUGGUAACGAGCGUAACCGACUCCAUCAACAGAUGAACUUCAUUGCAGCCUGUAUCUAUUAUUGAUAUAAUAAAUAUCAUUAAGAUUAAUAUUCUGCCCAAAUGUCUUUUAUCUAGUCAAUUCCUCUAGCUCCACCACCACCGUUUAUUGUUCCCAAAGAUCAGAAAGAUACUCUCACAUUUUGAUGUGGAGCAACAGAAAACCAAGGCUUAGACUUUCUCUUCUUUAUUUGGCCUUAUGACAGAGGGGGGUUACAACUUCCAAACCUACAGUGGUAUUACUGGGCUGCACAACUGAGGGCUUCAAUAUUUUUGGUUCUCUAAGAAACUAUACUUAGCCUGGCUGCAGACUGAAAUGUUGUCCACAAAAGGCUUAACUUUGGAUGGAUAUUUGUACUCUGCUACCCUUUAAGAAGUUAAAGAUGAAUACCACUAAUCCCUUUGUUAAAAACAACCUUAAUAUAUGGCACAAAGUACAGCAAUGUCUGGGCGAAUCCCCUGGAUUAUCCAGUUUCACACCAAUUUGGGGCAAUGACAAUUUCACACCUGGUAAAGAAUGGCCAAGAAAAGGUAUUGUUAAAGUAAUAGACAAUGAAAAAGGGCUCAUGUCAUUUGAAGGACUAAAGGGAAACUUUAACUGACCACAAAAGCAUUUUUUACAAUACUUACAAUUUAAGAAGCUUUAUAAAUUUUUUGAGGUGGCAGAACAGACUGCUCAGGUUGGGGUGUAGGGUUUGAGCAUAGCCUGAAGGUAUGGAGGGGCAGUUCCUCUUGCUGUUCCGUUGGUAAGCACCAUGGUCUUGUAGUGGAUGAGAGCUUCGACUGGAAACCAGUGGAGAGUCUGGAGGAGCGGGGUGACAUGAGAGAACUUGGGAAGGUUGAAAACCAGGUGUGCUGCUGCGUUCUAAGUAAGUUUCAGGGGUUUGAUGGCACAAGCAGGGAGCCCAGCCAACAGCGAGUUGCAGUAGUCCAGACGGUAGAUGACAAGUGCCUGGAUUAGGACCUGUGCCGCUUUCUGCGUAAGGUAGGGUCGUACUCUGCGAAUGUUGUAGAGCAUGAACCUACAGGAUCGGGUCACCGCUUUGAUGUUAGCGGAGAACGACAGGAUGUUGUCCAGGGUCACGCCAAGGUUCUUUGCACUCUGGGAGGAGGACACAAUGGAGUUGUCAACCGUGAUGGCAAGAUCAUGGAGCGGGCAGUCAUUCCCAGGGAGGAAGAGCACCUCCGUCUUGCCGAGGUUCAGCUUGAGGUGGUGAUCCGUCAUCCACACUGAUAUGUCUGCCAGACUAGGACCUGCACCGCUUCCUGUGUGAAGUAGGGUCGUACUCUACGGAUGUUGUAGAGCAGGAACCUACAGGAGCGGGUCACUGCUUUGAUGUUUGCAGAGAAGACAGGGUGUUGUCAAGGGUCAUGCCAAGGUUCUUUGCACUCUGGGAGGGCGUCACUGUGGAGUUGUCAACCAUGACGGAGAGGUGUUUGAGCGGGCAGGCCUUCCCAUUGAGGAAGAGCAGUUCUGUCUUGUCGAGGUUGAGCUUGAGGGGUGGGCUGACAUCCAAGCUGAGAUAUCUGCCAGGCACGCAGAGAUGCGUGUUGCCACCUGGGUGUCAGAAUGGGGGAAGGAGAAAAGUAGUUGAGUGUCAUUCGCAUAGCAAUGAUGAGAGAGACCAUGUGACGAUAUGACAGAGCCUUGGUGUAUAGAGAGAAGAGAAGAGGAUUUAGAACCGAGCCCUGGGGGACACCAGUGGUGAUAGACAGUCACCUGGUAUGAGCGGCCUGCCAGGUAGGAUGCAAUCCAAGAAAAAUGAGAAUUGUUUUAUUUAUUUCACCUUUAUUUAACCAGGUAAGCCAGUUGAGAACAAGUUCUCAUUUACAACUGCGACCUGGCCAAGAUAAAGCAAAGCAGUGCGAUUAAAAACAACAACACAGAGUUACAUAUGGGGUAAAACAAAACGUACAGUCAAAAAAAUACAACAGAAAAUAUAUAUACAGUGUGUGCAAAUUUAGCAAGUUAUGGAGGUAAGGCAAUAAAUAGGCUAUAGUGAAAAAUAAUUAUAAUUAGUAUUAACACUGGAAUGAUAGAUGUGCAAGAGAUGAUGUGCAAAUAGAGAUACUGGGGUGCAAAUUAGCAAAAUAAAUAACAAUGUAAAUUACAAUAUGGGGAUGAGGUAGUUGGGUGGGCUAAUUACAGAUGGGCUGUGUACAGGUACAGUGAUCGGUAAGGUGCUCUGACAACUGAUGCUUAAAGUUAGUGAGGGAGAUAAGAGUCUCCAGCUUCAGAGAUUUUUGCAAUUUGUUCCAGUCAUUGGCAGCAGAGAACUGGAAGGAAUGGCGGCCAAAGGAGGUGUUGGCUUUGGGAAUGACCAGUGAGAUAUACCUGCUGGAGCGCAGACUACGGGUGGGUGCUGCUAUGGUGACCAAUGAGCUAAGAUAAGGCAGGGAUUUGCCUAGCAGUGAUUUAUAGAUGGCCUGGAGCCAGUGGGUUUGGUGACGAAUAUGUAGUGAGGGCCAGCCAACGAGAGCGUACAGGUCACAGUGGUGGGUAGUGUAUGGGGCUUUGGAGACAAAACGGAUGGCACUGUGAUAGACUACAUCCAAUUUGCUGAGUAGAGUGUUGGAGGCUAUUUUGUAAAUGACAUCGCCGAAGUCAAGGAUCGGUAGGAUAGUCAGUUUUACGAGGGCAUGUUUGGCAGCAUGAGUGAAGGAGGCUUUGUUGCGAAAUAGGAAGCCGAUUCUAGAUUUCACUUUGGAUUGGAGAUGCUUAAUGUGAGUCUGGAAGGAGAGUUUACAGUCUAACCAGACACCUAGGUAUUUCUAGUUGUCCACAUACUCUAGGUCAGAACCGCCGAGAGUAGUGAUUCUAGUCGGGUGGGCGGGUGCCAGCAGCGUUCGAUUGAAGAGCAUGCAUUUAGUUUUACUAGUGUUUAAGAGCAGUUGGAGGCUACGGAAGGAGUGUUGCAUGGCGUUGAAGCUCGUUUGGAGGUUUGUUAACACAGUGUCCAGUGAAGGGCCAGAUGUAUACAAAAUGGUGUCGUCUGCGUAGAGGUGGAUCUGAGAGUCACCAGCAGCAAGAGCGACAUCAUUGAUAUACACAGAGAAUAGAGUCGGCCCGAGAAUUGAACCCUGUGGCACCCCCAUAGAGACUGCCAGAGGUCCAGACAACAGGCCCUCCAAUUUGACACAUUGAACUCUAUCUGAGAAGUAGUUGGUGAACCAGGCGAGGCAGUCAUUUGAGAAACCAAGGCUAUUUAGUCUGCCAAUAAGAAUGUGGUGGUUGACAGAGUCGAAAGCCUUGGCCAGGUCGAUGAUGACGGUUGCACAGUACUGUCUAUUAUCGGUCGCGGUUAUAAUAUCGUUUAGGACCUUGAGCGUGGCUGAGGUGCACCCAUGACCAGCUCGGAAACCGAAUGAGAGUUAAAUGUAAUUUGCUGAGAUUAUCCCUAAACUUUGCAUCCUAAAUCUUUACCCAGAGAUUAUCUCUUUAAUGGUUGACCUCUGUCUAUUACAAGCUAGAAGUUCAAUUGCUCUCCACUGGAAGUACAGUGCAUUCGGAAAGUAUUCAGACCCCUUUACUUUUUCCACAUUGUGUUACGUUACAGCCUUAUUCUAAAAUGGAUGAAAUAGUUUUUAAUUUUAUUUUUUCCUCAUCAAUCUACACACAGUACCCUAUAAUGACAGUCAAAAUAGGUUUCUAUAAUUUUUUGCACAUUUUAUAAAAAAUGUAAAACAGAAAUAUCACAUUUACAUAAAUAUUCAGACCCUUUACUCAGUACUUUGUUGAAGCACCUUUGGCAGUGAUUACAGCCUUGAGUCUUCUUGGGUAUGAUACUACAAGCUUGGCACACCUGUAUUUGGGGAGUUUCUCCCAGUCUUCUCUGCAGAUCCUCUCAAGCUCUGUCAGGUUGGAUGGGGAGCGUCGCUGCACAGCUAUUUUCAGGUCUCUCCAGAGAUGUUCGAUCGGGUUCAAGUCCGGGCUCUGGCUGGGCCACUCAAGGACAUUCAGAGACUUGUCCCGAAGCCACUCCUGCGUUGUUUUGGCUGUGUGCUUAGGGUUGUUGUCCUGUUGGAAGGUGAACCGUCGCCCCAGUCUGAGGUCCUGAGCGUUCUGGAGCAGGUUUUCAUCAAGGAUCUCUCUGUACUUUGCUCCGUUCAUCUUUUCCCUCAAUCCUGACUAGUCUCCCAGUCCCUGCUGCUGAAAAACACCCCACAGCAUGAUACUGCCAACGCCAUGCUGCACCGUAGGGAUGGUGCCAGGUUUCCUCCAGACAUGACGCUUGGCAUGGGUUAGUGCUGGAUGUUUUGGGGUUAGUGCUGGGUGUUUUUGGGUUAGUGCUGGAUGUUUUUGGGUUAGUGCUGGAUGUUUUUGGGUUAGUGCUGGAUGUUUUUGGGUUAGUGCUGGAUGUUUUUGGGUUAGUGCUGGAUGUUUUUGGGUUAGUGCUGGAUGUAUUGGGGUUAGUGCUGGAUGUUUUUGGGUUUGGGUUAGUGCUGGAUGUUUUUGGGUUUGGGUUAGUGCUGGAUGUCUUGGGGUUUGGGUUAGUGCUGGAUGUCUUGGGGUUUGGGUUAGUGCUGGAUGUUUUUGGGUUAGUGUUAGUGCUGGAUGUUUUUGGGUUAGUGUUAGUGCUGGGUGUUUUUGGGUUAGGGUUAGUGCUGGGUGUUUUUGGGUUAGUGCUGGGUGUUUUUGGGUUAGUGCUGGGUGUUUUUGGGUUAGUGCUGGGUGUUUUUGGGAUAGUGCUGAAUGUUUUUGGGUUAGGGUUAGUGCUGGGUGUUUUUGGGUUAGUGCUGGGUGUUUUUGGGUUAGUGCUGGGUGUUUUUGGGAUAGUGCUGAAUGUUUUUGGGUUAGGGUUAGUGCUGGGUGUUUUUGGGUUAGUGCUGGGUGUUUUGGGGUUAGUGCUGGGUGUUUUUGGGAUAGUGCUGAAUGUUUUUGGGUUAGGGUUAGUGCUGGGUGUUUUGGGGUUAGUGCUGGGUGUUUUGGGGUAAAAAAAAAAUGGUUUACCUUUUCUCUAAAUAAGCUUUGUUCUACAAUUUAAAGGUAAAAUAGUAAAAUACACUACAUUUCAAACAGUCAGCAAUAAUCUAAUGAAUUCAGGGCUUGUGAAAUUAUACCCAGGCUGAAUAUAAGCCUUCAUAACCAUAAGACCCACUAAUAAUUAUUGUAUCAAAAUAGUUUUUCCUGCUUUUCUGCAAUAAUCACUGAUCUGGCUUUCAAGUCAGUCUAUGAAAAUGCCCCUUUUGUUCCAAAUCUAACCAGAACCAUGCAUAAUGACACAUUAACUAAUAAUGUAGCAGACAUUAUAGAACAUUAACACAGGUCUCAUAAACACUCUCUCGUGCACAAGUCGAUGUUCUAGUGAGGCGCCAGCUAAUAUGUAUAUUUCAAGUUUAUUUGCUAGCUAACAAGGCAGAACGGUUGAAUUGUUAUGAACACACCCUUCUGUCCGUCUCCAACUGUUUGAACAGCAUGUUAGCCUGUCCACUUUGUUCAGAUGUUGAAAUCAAGUGAGAGAACGAGUUGCUAAUUAAUUAUAGAAUUGUUUCAUGCUUAUUGCACAUUUAUGAAGCAAGGACUAGACAGCUAGUAUAACAGUCUUUGGCUAAAAUACUGCUAGCGGGAACUUUUAACGCAAUGCUGCGUGUGACAAACAUUUUGAGGAGUUGAGACAUAAACAGGGUAGCGUUAGAAGGGUUAACUUCUCCUCCAUUACAAAUGUCUCAAUGUGUUUCGGUGUCCAUAUGACCGAUUCUGUUGGACCAAACCUCGAAUGCACACAGCGAGUUGAAACCAUUAGUCAGAGAGGAAGAAGCGGUCGCUCGUCUUUGGCAGGGGGAGGGGCUUGGGUUGUGUGUUUUGUGUAUAAACUGAGAGGAAGAAGCGGUCGCUCGUCUUUGUUGUUGUGAGUGGCAGGGGGAGGGGCUUGGGUUGUGUGUUUUGUGUAUAAACUGAGAGGAAGAAGCGGUCGCUCGUCUUUGUUGUUGUGAGUGGCAGGGGGAGGGGCUUGGGUUGUGUGUUUUGUGUAUAAACUGAGAGGAAGAGGCGACGCAAGAGGAUUCACUCUCCUCAAAAUCUGUCCAAUGCGUUUCUAAGGGCCUGUUUUGGACCUAAGCUUGUCGCCUGCCUUACCGCCUUUGGGACAACGAUAUUGUUAGGGCGGAGACAUGAUCAUCUCCUCAUUAUAUACAGCUCUCUGGUGUAAAUGGGGAGGUGCAGAGCACAGAAGGAGUGAAGGAGACGAGACUAGAUCUCUGGUGUAAAUGGGGAGGUACACAGUACAGAAGGAGUGAAGGGGAGGAGACCAGAUCUCUGGUGUAAAUGGGGAGGUGUAGAGUACAGAAGGAGUGAAGGAGACGAGACUAGAUCUCUGGUGUAAAUGGGGAGGUACACAGUACAGAAGGAGUGAAGGGGAGGAGACCAGAUCUCUGGUGUAAAUGGGGAGGUGCAGAGCACAGAAGGAGUGAAGGAGAUGAGACUAGAUCUCUGGUGUAAAUGGGGAGGUACACAGUACAGAAGGAGUGAAGGGGAGGAGACCAGAUCUCUGGUGUAAAUGGGGAGGUGUAGAGUACAGAAGGAGAGGAGACCAAAAAGACAGGAGAACAAGCGGACAUCAAUGCAAAAAAAUAAAAUAAUAAUGUAUGCAGGCAUUUGGAAUAUCGCGCAAAAACAUACAUUCGAAAUAAUCCAAUUAAUUUGAUAUCGCCCAGCCCUACUCCGACAUUCCGGUGCAAGGCCUCGUUAUUAGGUCAGGGCCAGCGUAAUCAGGAGGGAGAUUCCAGGUAACAACUCUGGAUGUUAGUGGUCCAACAUCCCUCCAGCUAGUAAGAUCUCUGGAUGUUAGUGGUCCAACAUUCCCUCCUCCUGGUAAGAUCUCUGGAUGUUAGUGGUCCAACAUUCCCUCCUCCAGGUAACAUCUCUGGAUGUUAGUGGUCCAACAUUCCCUCCAGCUGGUAAGAUCUCUGGAUGUUAGUGGUCCAACAUUCCCUCCAGCUUCCCAGAUCAGAUCCCCCUCUGUAACAUUACCUGUGGACUGAACCCUCCUGGGAGUGAUAUCAUACUGAACCCUCCUGGGAGUGAUAUCAUACUGAACCCUCCUGGGAGUGAUAUCAUACUGAACCCUCCUGGGAGUGAUAUCAUACUGAACCCUCCUGGGAGUGAUAUCAUACUGAACCCUCCUGGGAGUGAUAUCAUACUGAACCCUCCUGGGAGUGAUAUCAUACUGAACCCUCCUGGGAGUGAUAUCAUACUGAACCCUCCUGGGAGUGAUAUCAUACUGAACCCUCCUGGGAGUGAUAUCAUACUGAACCCUCCUGGGAGUGAUAUCAUACUGAACCCUCCUGGGAGUGAUAUCAUACUGAACCCUCCUGGGAGUGAUAUCAUACUGAACCCUCCUGGGAGUGAUAUCAUACUGAACCCUCCUGGGAGUGAUUUCAUUACUGAACCCUCCUGGGAGUGAUAUCAUACUGAACCCUCCUGGGAGUGAUAUCAUACUGAACCCUCCUGGGAGUGAUAUCAUACUGAACCCUCCUGGGAGUGAUAUCAUACUGAACCCUCCUGGGAGUGAUAUCAUACUGAACCCUCCUGGGAGUGAUAUCAUACUGAACCCUCCUGGGAGUGAUAUCAUACUGAACCCUCCUGGGAGUGAUAUCAUACUGAACCCUCCUGGGAGUGAUAUCAUACUGAACCCUCCUGGGAGUGAUAUCAUACUGAACCCUCCUGGGAGUGAUAUCAUACUGAACCCUCCUGGGAGUGAUAUCAUACUGAACCCUCCUGGGAGUGAUAUCAUACUGAACCCUCCUGGGAGUGUUAUCAUACUGAACCCUCCUGGGAGUGAUAUCAUACUGAACCCUCCUGGGAGUGAUAUCAUACUGAACCCUCCUGGGAGUGUUAUCAUACUGAACCCUCCUGGGAGUGAUAUCAUACUGAACCCUCCUGGGAGUGAUAUCAUACUGAACCCUCCUGGGAGUGAUAUCAUACUGAACCCUCCUGGGAGUGAUAUCAUACUGAACCCUCCUGGGAGUGAUAUGAUACUGAACCCUCCUGGGAGUGAUAUCAUACUGAACCCUCCUGGGAGUGAUAUCAUACUGAACCCUCCUGGGAGUGAUAUCAUACUGAACCCUCCUGGGAGUGAUAUCAUACUGAACCCUCCUGGGAGUGAUAUCAUACUGAACCCUCCUGGGAGUGAUAUCAUACUGAACCCUCCUGGGAGUGAUAUCAUACUGAACCCUCCUGGGAGUGAUAUCAUACUGAACCCUCCUGGGAGUGAUUAUCAUACUGAACCCUCCUGGGAGUGAUAUCAUACUGAACCCUCCUGGGAGUGAUAUCAUACUGAACCCUCCUGGGAGUGUUAUCAUACUGAACCCUCCUGGGAGUGAUAUCAUACUGAACCCUCCUGGGAGUGAUAUCAUACUGAACCCUCCUGGGAGUGAUAUCAUACUGAACCCUCCUGGGAGUGAUAUCAUACUGAACCCUCCUGGGAGUGAUAUCAUACUGAACCCUCCUGGGAGUGAUAUCAUACUGAACCCUCCUGGGAGUGAUAUCAUACUGAACCCUCCUGGGAGUGAUAUCAUACUGAACCCUCCUGGGAGUGAUAUCAUACUGAACCCUCCUGGGAGUGAUAUCAUACUGAACCCUCCUGGGAGUGAUAUCAUACUGAACCCUCCUGGGAGUGAUAUCAUACUGAACCCUCCUGGGAGUGAUAUCAUACUGAACCCUCCUGGGAGUGAUAUCAUACUGAACCCUCCUGGGAGUGAUAUCAUACUGAACCCUCCUGGGAGUGAUAUCAUACUGAACCCUCCUGGGAGUGAUAUCAUACUGAACCCUCCUGGGAGUGAUAUCAUACUGAACCCUCCUGGGAGUGAUAUCAUACUGAACCCUCCUGGGAGUGUUAUCAUACUGAACCCUCCUGGGAGUGAUAUCAUACUGAACCCUCCUGGGAGUGAUAUCAUACUGAACCCUCCUGGGAGUGAUAUCAUACUGAACCCUCCUGGGAGUGAUAUCAUACUGAACCCUCCUGGG